AUGAGCGUGGUGCCGCGGGAGAGCGUGCAGGUGGCGGCGCACAGCAUCGGCAUCGCGAGUCUCGGCGAUGACGUGGCUGCCGCGCUGGCGCCUGACGUGGAGUACCGCAUGCGCGAGAUCAUCCAGGCAAGGCCCAGGCCGAAUGGGGAAGGAUGGGCCGUGGGUGGGCGGGGCAUGGGUGGGGGAGGAGGGAGUACCGACGGCGCGGGUGCGGGGCGAG